AUGCGGAGACAUCGUAAUCGGUAUGGACAGGUGGCAUGCUUGACGAUUCUCGCUCUGCUAUCGACACCAGGCUCUUGUCAGACAACAGGGUACAGAACAAUUGACGACUAUUACGGAGACUCCGUCACGGGCCAGAAACCAGUGUAUUCGGAAGGUUGGAACUAUGGACCCACCUGCAGUGAUUGUCUGGUCCGUCCCUACGCGGCAUACACCUUUGAAGGGUCAUGGCACGACGUGACCGCAUCGCCCACGGACACAUCUCCCAGGAAUGUUACUCUCACAUUCAACGCAGGAACGGCCAUUUGGGUCUACUGUAUCAUACCGAACUACAUCCCGUACGCUACGACACUAGUUGACCUCAGCUUUCAACUGGAUGGCCUUGGACUCGCCACCUACUACGAUGUACCGAAUCCAAAUGACACCUACUGGUACAACGCAACAGUCUUCAGCAGGACAGGCCUGUCCAAUGAGGUGCAUACCCUCGUGAUGGUCGUCAAUGGAGAAAGGAGCGCCUCGUACGCCGCGUUCGAUUGGGCGGAAUAUUCGUCAGUCAUUUCUCUGAUGUCUCUCUCGCAGUAG